UCAGAGUCAGUAGGUUUUGGAACGCCGCUGAGCGCAGCUGCACAUUUGUAGAAAACGUUAGUUUAGCUAGUUGCAAAAGUCGAAACAUCAACAAUUAGCAGCAGCAAACAGUAAGAGGAACAAGAAGAAGCACAAACAUGGCGGUCUUUGGCAUGGUCUCGGCUGUGUCCAGCUUCGUCAAGAUACGAUAUCUGCUGGACAAGGCUGUUAUCGAUAACAUGGUAUUCCGAUGCCACUACAGGAUUACAACAGCCAUACUUUUCACCUGUUGCAUUAUUUUAACCGCUAACAAUCUGAUUGGUGAUCCGAUAAGCUGCAUCAACGAUGGAUCUAUACCGAUGCACGUGAUCAACACAUUCUGUUGGAUAUCAUACACCUUUACGAUACCCGGACAACAUCAUCGACAUAUUGGAACAGAUGUGGCCGCACCCGGCGUAUCGAAUGAAUAUGGUCAGGAGAAGCGUUAUCACAGCUACUAUCAGUGGGUGCCUUUUGUGCUGUUCUUCCAGGGACUUAUGUUCUAUGUGCCGCAUUGGAUCUGGAAAAAUAUGGAGGAUGGUAAAAUUCGCAUGAUAACCGACGGUUUGCGCGGCAUGGUUACUGUGCCCGAGGACUAUCGCAAGGAUCGUCAGAAUCGCAUUAUAAAAUACUUUAUGGACAGUCUCAACUCGCACAACGCCUACUCAUUUGCGUAUUUCUUCUGCGAGCUGCUCAAUUUUAUCAAUGUGAUUGUCAAUAUCUUCAUGGUGGAUAAGUUUCUGGGCGGUGCUUUUAUGUCCUAUGGUACGGAAGUGCUUAAGUUCUCGAAUAUGGAUCAGGACAUGCGCUACGAUCCAAUGAUUGAAGUCUUCCCAAGACUAACCAAGUGCACGUUCCAUAAAUAUGGUCCCAGUGGCAGCGUACAGAAGCACGAUACGCUCUGUGUACUCGCCCUCAAUAUUCUCAACGAGAAGAUCUACAUUUUCCUGUGGUUCUGGUUUAUCAUAUUGGCCACAGUUUCUGGCGUAGCUGUGCUCUAUUCCCUGGUGGUUGUAAUGAUGCCAACCACACGUGAGACCAUCAUCAAGCGCUCUUAUCGCUCCGGUCAGCGCAAGGAAAUCGCUGGAUUGGUUCGGCGUUUGGAGAUUGGUGACUUCUUGAUUUUGCAUUUACUUAGCCAGAAUCUCAGUACAAGGUCCUACAGCGAUAUGCUGGAACAACUGUGCGGUUUACUGGGUGCCUCCCGCACACCCUCCGCCCCCUCGACGCUCGAAAUGAAUCCCAUCAGCCACCCGAUUUAUCCACCCGUUGAGGGAUUCGGCGGCAAGGAGACCGAGACAUAAGCCCCAAAAUUCAAAUGUGGCGCUAAUUCAAUGAUUUCAAUGAUUUCUCAAUAAUAUUUGUAUACAGAGAUGUGACCAGAUUUAGAAGGAUGUUUUUGUAGGUGUUUUUAGCAGCGUUCUAGGCUUUUAGGCUUUCUAUUAAUCUUAUAUAUGUACGCACUGUAUUUAAGUGAAACAUGGAUUUGAAUUUUAAAACAUCAGCAUAAAUUCUUUAGCAAAAUUUUUUCUUAUUUAAAGCAAAUUUGUUAACUUUUGGUCCUAUGCAAAAGAUAUAAGACACAUACACACACACACACAAACACAUAAAAGACAGUCAGUGGAAGUGAGAAAUAGAAAGAACGAGAGAGAAAGAAAGUGGGAAGAGACACAGGCAGACCGUGCAAUUUGUAGGUUGGAUUGUGAAUGUGGAAGGUAAAUUAUCCGAUAUGCUUAUAUAUACUACAUAAUACAACAAAUAUUUGUAGUAACGUUAACAAUGAUGCGCCAUUUAAAUAUACAAUUUAGUUUACCACUUAGAUCUAUAGUUUGCUCUUUGAGGCGUUGCGUGUAUUACGAUUAUCACGAUUGUCACGACUAUCACGACUAUCACGAAUGUCACGAAUGUCAUGCUCAUUUGGGCUCACGCGCUCUCUCUAACUUUAGUAAUCGAAUUAUCUGAUCAUGAGUAUAUAUGCUCUCGCUAUUUUUGUCUUAAAGUUUAGUAUACAAGUGUAUGUAAUUUUAAGCAAUUUUGUUUAUAACAAAAUUAUUGUGAUUAUUGCUAGAAAAGAACACAUUUUAUAUAAAGAAAACAAACUAUCUAAGUUUUAAAUUGUAAUAAAUACGAAAUACGAGUA